AUGGCUGGGAACCGCACCGUUCGCAUCCGGCUCACGCUGAUCGGUAUCGCUACCGUGUUGGGAGCCCUUUCGCCGAACACGGAAGCACUCUGCCGAAUCCGGGAGCCGCCGACCGCUGGGUGUGCAUACGCUCCGCUCCUGCUGGUAGAGGAGUGGUCCGGUUGGGUGCUGUCGAGAGAGAACUGUGACCGCACCGUGGCCGUCGCCACGUUCACUUCGCCGCCCGUCGUGUACUUUGACCGUGCCGCCGAGGAUCGGCUCUACACGCUGCUGUUCCUGGAACCGGAACGACCCAGCGCGGGACGGUACGCUCUGCUGUGGCUGGUGUCCAACGUGCCGGGUUCUGUUCUUACGACGGGUAUGACGUACAUGGAUGGAGACACCGUCAUGGAUUAUCAUUCUCCUGUGCUUGGCAACGCUGAUGAUGAGCCCACACACUACGGAUUCUAUCUCUACGAACAAAUUUACGGCACAAUCUAUCCACCUACGCCAGCCAGCCGUGAGGACUUUGAUCUGGACGAAUGGAUCGGUUCGCUGUACCCGGAGGGCUCACUCUGCACUCCUGUUGCAUCAAUCGGUUUCGGUCUCAUGUAA